GGGAACCAAUUUGAAAGUUUGGAAAGCUUUUUGUUCAGAGAGGGAGCGAGUUUCAGAUAGAGAGAGAGAGUUUUAGAGGGAAAGAACAAUGGCGAGUUGGGUCCAAUGCUUCAAGCGACAAGAAAAACCAGACAUGGUUCUUGAAGAGAUGCAUGAGAGCAAGUGCAGACUAUGGUUGUUCUUGGAUUUCGAUUUAGUUUCAUCAAUGUAUGUUUAUCAUGGCAGGGUGGAUACAUGGGAAAUGCAGGGUACAAGGAUACUGGCAUAACGUGGCUGACUGUAUGCUUAAUAUCAAUCUAAGUUUGGAUGAGGUAAGACCUGAAGACUCCAGGAAUAGAGUUGGUCACGCAAGGACGCAUGGUACUCCUACGGCUGAGACUUCAACGUCGCUUCCAUGUAGCAAUCAACCUCAAGGUUAUGUGGAUUUGACAGAAGCUUCAGGUCAACAUGCGAGCUCUAGCGCACAACAUAAUGAAGUGACUAGCCUGGCUGUUGAUAAUCACGACAUCAGUAAGGCUAGUUGCGAAAGAACCAACCAAGACACCAGUGAAACUCAAAUACAUGGCAGUGCUAUGGCUGAUACUUCAAGCAGCAAUGAGCCUCAAGGUCAUGUGGCUUUAACCCAAGCUUCAGGUCAACAUGCAAGCUCUAGUACACAAGAGAAUUCAAUGACACAGUUUGAUCCAUUUCAUUAUGGCCUGCUUCUUGGUAAUCAGAACAUUAGUGAGGCAACAUGUGAAAGCCCUUACCAAGGAAUCAAUCAUGCAUGGAUACGUGGUGGUGCUGUGGCUGACACUAUAAGUAGCAAUCAACCUCAAGUUGAUGUGGAUUUGACCAUAGAAGCUGAUAACCAGAACAUCGGUGAGGCUAGAUGUGAAAGUCGUAAUCAAGAAAUCCGUCAAAGAUGGAGACAUGGUAGUGCUAUGGCUGACACUGUAAGUAGCAAUCAACCUCAAGUUGAGGUGGAUUUGACCAUAGAAGUUGAUAACCAGAACAUCAGUGAGGCUAGAUGUGAAAGUCGUAAUCAAGAAAUCCGUCAAAGAUGGAGACAUGGUAGUGCUAGGGCUGAUACUUCAAGUAGCAAUUGAUCUCAAGGUUAUGUGGACUUGAUCCAAGCUUCAGGUCAACGUGCAAGCUCUAGUGCACAAUGUAAUCAAGUGACACAGUUUGAUCCAUUUCAUUAGUAAUCAGAACAUCAGUGAGGCUAGACGUGAAAUUCCUAACCAAAAAAUCAGUCAAAGAUGGAUACUUGGUGGUGCUAUGGCUGGCCCUUCACUCCAACUUCCAUAUCGCCUUCCACCACAAGGUAAUUAUCAGGUAUCAGGUCCUAUGAGUGUAAAUGCACACCAAGAAUGGGCACACUUAGCUCAAGGGAGUAACAGCCAAUUGAAUACCCUAGGAAAUAGAAAUGUACCUCAUGCAGUUCAAUUUGGUCGUCUAAACACAAUCAUGACCACCGGGUUUAUAAUGACAAUCAAGUUUCACAAAAUGUCAAUCCAUAUGUCCAAGAUCCAUCUUCUGGGUUUCCUAAUACUGAAAUCCCCCGUAGGUUUGGUAUAUCACCUGAAGGAGGGAACCUUGAAGCUGUUCAUGCGUUCAAUGACAAUGUUGCCAACUGCCCAUUCAUGGUUUCUAAUGAGCAAAUUCAAGUUGUGCAAGGAUUUCCUAUCCAAUCUCCGAGGCAUAUUGUAGCUCAUGAUUCCAGGGCGUGUCAACAUCAAACUGGAUCUACUGUUCGAAACCCAUCAUUUGGCUUCCCUUCUCAACAGAGGUCUGAUAUUAGGCUGGGGAAUUCCUUCUCUGGACAUGAAUUAAUAGGGAGCUUUCAAGCAGUAAUUAGAACAGCUGAAGGAUCACAGAUUAUGGCUCAUGAUCCAAGGCCACAUCAAUAUCACCCUGGAUAAUCUAUUGUUCGAAACCCAUUCUUUGGCUUCCUUUCUCAACAGAGGUCUGAUAUUAGGCUGGGGAAUUCCUUCUCUAGAUAUGAAUUAAUAGGGAGCUCUCCAGCAGUGAGUGGAACAGCUGAAGGAUCACAGAUUAUGGCUCAUGAUCCAAGGCUGCAUCAAUAUCACCAUGGAUAUUUUAAUCCAAACCUAGUCCUUAGCAUGCAGUCUCAGCAAGGCAUGCUUCCUUUUAUUCAAGGAAGAGAUGCUAGAAGCAUGGCUCGAUGUUCACGACCAGGUAUGGCUGUGAUACUUUUCCAUGUUGCAUUUGUUUCUGUCUUCUCUAAUAUACACUAAAAUGCGGGUUUAAAUCUUGCAUUGAGGUGUACUGGGUUAGCUUGCCUCUUGGAUUCUUAACUAGUUGAUUGAUUACACAAGUAGCAUUCCAUGCAUAGGUGCGCCACCAUCAGGAUGACUAUUGGCAUGUCCACUCUUGGAUUAAUUGUGCAAUGGUUUAGUUAUAUUAUCACGAAACCUUGUUGUAGGUCCCAUAAGCUUGUCAGAAAUGGUUAGAGUCCUUUAAAGCAAUUUUGUUGGUAAUGCACGUGUGGAAUUUGCCCUCUUCUUCCUGUACUUACUCUGCAUUCAUACUUACAUGUUCUUUAUAUUUUGUGGAUCUCCCACAGUCCACUUUCAUGUUGCCUCCUUUUCUUUUUUUCCUCUUAAUUGUUUGUUCUUUUCUUGAAUCAUUGUCUUGUUUUGGCAACCUAUUUAUAUCACUAUUUUUGUAGUUUGGAAUUAGUUUUCCUUGUGGAUAGCUUACUGGGAUGAAAAAAUAUGAAAGGAUUCAACAAUCCUAAUGGAACCAUUGGAUUCAUUUACAUCAUCAUCUUCCAAACCUUACCCCAAUUAUUGGAUUCAUUUACAAAUAUGCCCUUAUUGGCAUUCCUGAUUCAAAAUUUACCUCUAGAAAUGAUGUGCAGUAAGAAACAUUGAACUUUUCAUGGAUAUGAGCUCUGAUAGGGUAUCCAGUUCUAGAAUCCAUGCCGUAUCUCCGAUACUUGCCUUCAGUUGAAUGCAGUGUUUAACUCCUUUGUUGAGUUACUUGCCGAGCCGAGUACCCUGUUAUAACUAGGGCAUAUAAAAAGUAAAAUAAAAACUAUAUAAAUAAUUUGUGGGAUCAAUGUAUAAAAAUUGUAGAUGUAAUUUGGAUGUUUUAUCAAUAAUUUGUGAGUUUGUCUUGCCAUAUGCUUUAUUUUGUAUUUUCCUCUAUUUUUUUGAUUUUUUGGAAUGUCUCCAACUAUAAAUCAAAAUUUAUAUUUCCAUGUUUUAGAUUUUUUUUCUGAGCUUAUUUGAAAUUUUAUGUUUUAUUUUUGGUUUUGGUUCACAUGUAAUUUUUUUUAUAUUAUUUAGCUAUUUUUUUUUUUAAUUUUAAGGGACUUUUAGGCCCCGUACUUUACUCGGUCAAGUCCACUCUGACUCGGCGGCUUGGGCCAGGGCCAAGUCUGAGGCCCAAGCCAAGUUUAACGGCAUUAGUUGAAUAAGUCAAUAUAAAUCAUUAACCAGAGGUGGUAAUGAAUGUAGCUUGAUGGCAAUCUUCCUACUCCAGUAGUUCAGUUUCGGAAUUAGAUAUUAAUAUUUUAUUUAACGAAAAGAUAAUAUUCAAUUAUGUGAUAACUCUAGAAAAUCAUCCUAGCCACGCAUAAGGUUGCAUACAUUUUCAUCUCCAAGUUCCAAAAUUGAAAUAUCAAGGUGCUGUCCUCAAUUUUCUGACCCUUUUUUGAAGAAUUUAUUUAUUUCCUUGAGCGCUAUACAGAUAUUUAAUGCUUUUUAGAUUAAAAACAUUUCAAAGCUAUGAAGAAGCUACAUUACUAAGUGUUUGUGUCUUGUUUCUUAAUAGCCCAUUGUGUAUGUAUAGUGGACAGCAGCCAAGUCAUUGAGGUGGUGCAUGAAGUCUUUUCUACCUUCUUUUAGGUGUAAAAGAAUACAAUCACAUAUUCGGAGAGCACAUCAAACUGGUGAUUCACAUUCCAAUAUGUUUCACAGCUGCACUUACUUGAGUUUGGAUCGUACCUACACAGUGAAAUAAUUUGAAAUCUUCAGUUUUGUAGUAUGUAGGUUACAAUUGCACCAUUAAGCUACUAUCUGGAAGGGCAUAGAUAUACUACUUAUGCUUCCCCCCGGACAUUUAGCAUUUCUAAGAAGGCCUUAGAUCUUUAACUUAAGGAAAAUUUUCAAGAUAUAAAGCAAGCAAAUCCAGAAUUUGAGUUUUUUCUUUCUUUUUAAAAGAGGAAAUCAGGGUUUUAACUAUUGUAUAGCAUCUUUGGGCAACCCGUAAGGGGUUGUAUAGUGCACCCAGUCUUUGGGCUGCCUAUUGUUUGCACAAUGUACACUUUUCCUUUAAUAUAAAGGUAACAGUUUCUAAAAGAAACCAGUGGGACAUGAGGAGACUUCUAUGGGAGCAACCCGUUCUAGUCCCUACUCUUGUCCAAAGCAGAAAUAACUUCAAAAUUCUGAUCGAACUCUAUGCAAUUAUGUGGCUAUAAGCACAUUUAACUUGUAAUAUUAGCUUUUCUAUCGUUUUCCCAACAUGAAAUAAUAGUUGUUAUGUGAUGCUUUAGAAUGAACUUGGUAUUUGGAAAGUUUUUGUCUUCUGUUUCCUCUAAGACAGUCGCUUACCAAAUCUAUUGAAAUGUACUUACUAUGCGACCUGCAUAGCUCUUGGACGAAAAUUGUACAUAUGCCUUAAGGGGCGUUUGAAUACCUAGAAAUAUAUUUUUUGUGAAAUAUAUUACUGGCAGUAAGCAUAAUACAUUACCUGCAAAUGGAUUGUCACUGUUUGCGUAAUAUUUAGAUGUAACUUGAGAAAUACAUUGUUACUGUUUGCCAUUGUUUGAAACGGUGAAAGGUGAAAAUUCUUCCAGGGAAAUCUUUCCACAUUGAAAGUGAAAAAUCUAUUACGCGCUGGGGUAAUCGGGGGAAUCUUUCGUGUGG